GGCAACGCCCCUCUCUCUCUCUCUCUCUCUCUCUCUCUCUAAAUCUUCUCUCUCUCCAACUCUUUGUUUCUCUAUCUAAGACUCGCUGCUUCACACACUUGAAAAGUAAUUCUCUCUCUCUCUAUGGUUUGAACCCUGGUCGCCUAGGCUCUAAAUCGAAUAAGUCCUCAAUGGCCCCAACAAGAAAAAAAAGUGUGAAUAAGCGGUUCCUGAAUGAAGUAUCACCUCAUAAAGAAGUUAGGAAUUCAAACAAAAAUAAAGAAAGAGUGUCAGGGAAGAGGAGAUUGUCUGAUAACUUAGGACCCCGAUGGAGUGAGGAGGAGCUUCAGCAGUUCUACAAAGCAUAUCGAGCUCAUGGGAUGGAAUGGAAGAAGGUUGCUGCCGAAGUCCCUAACAGAUCUGCGGAAAUGGUGCGGACCCUUUUUAAGAUGAAUAAGGCGUACUUAUCCCUGCCUGAGGGAACAGCUUCUGUGGUUGGCCUUAUAGCCAUGAUGACUGACCAUUAUUACUCCCAAGAAGUGAGCGAUAGUGAAGGAGAAAGUAAUGAUGAGCCAGGAAUGCCUCGGAAACCUCAGAAAACCAAGCAGGUGAAAGUCCAGCCUAGCACAUCAAAAGAUUCCCUGCAGUCGCACUCAAUUGCAUCAACUGAUGGAUACUUAUCAUUAUUGAAGAAAGGACACUUUUAUGGUGGUCAGCCUCGAGCAGUAGGGAAAAGAACACCUCGAGUUGCUGUUUCAUAUCCAUAUAAGAAAAAUGACAGUCAGAAUUAUGUUUUGGCGAAGAAGGGCCAGAAGCCCCAGAAUGAUGUCAAUGACGAUGGAGCACAUGUUGCUGCGCUGGCAUUAACUGAGGCGUUAAAAAGAGGAGGUUCUACCCAAGUUUGUCACACCCAAAGUGGAGGAACAGAACACAUUAAAUUGUCACCUGUUAGAAGCUGGGAAAUGAUGUUUCCAGAGUCGAAGACGGGUCAUACAAAAUUUCGAGUUGCUUCUGUAGAUGAAGAAUGGAUGGUUGAUGGUACAAGCAGGGGAGCUGAUAAUGGUGCUUAUGCCAGGGAUACAAGCUCACUGGUGGAUAUGGAAGGUGUAGGUACUGUAGAAGUUCAUCCAAAGGGGAAGAAGUUUUACAGAAAGAAAGUAAAGGUUGAAGAGAUUGGGAAUAGUCAAUCUGAUGAUGGCGGAGAAGCUUGUAGUGGUACUGAAGAAGGACCAAAAGUAAAUGCCCUAAAGGGGAAAACCGAUAUUGAUGGUUCAGAUGCAAAAAUUGAUGAGAUGUCUCCACAGGCCCGAAAGAAGAGAAGUGGCAAACGAUUCUCUGGAGAUGAAUUCUCUGCCUUGGAUGCCCUACAAACGUUGGCUAACCUUUCUGUAAUGGAAUCUGAAUCCUCCGUCCAGCAGAAUGAAGAAAGAACUGUACUUACUGUGGAUGACAAAUCUAGCAAACCUGAAGCUACAUCUACUAGCCGCCAUAGGGAUAAAGUUAAACUUCUAGGGCACAGAGAAAAACUGCUUCAUCCAAGAAGUGAAGUUGAGGGCGCCUCAAGAAAAUCCAAGCUAGGAAGAAAUACAGCAAUUUAUGCUAAACCUGUUUCUGAAUCAAAGCAAGGGCCUCAGUUCAUCAACAACAAUAUUAAUGUACUGAAAAGAAAACGUCAUUCUUUGGUGUCAAAGGUAUCAAAUGCUGAAGUGCCCAUAAAAUUACAUCUAAGUGAACCAUUGGACACUGAGCCUGUUGAUGAAGAAGAGAUUAUAUCUGCGCUUAAAGGAAAACGAACUUGUCAAGUUUCUACUGUUCCAAAGCAACGGAAAGCCAUUGGAGUAUCAGAGGGAUGUUUCAGUGAUCAGAAAAGUUCUGCUAAUGAUGUGGCUGUAUCAACCGCUCAAGUUCCUGUUGCAAAACAAGUUACCUUGCAAACCAGUAAAAUAAGCAGACGCAAGAUGAGUCUAAAGCAAUCAAUUACUCGUAAAGAGAGGCACUCUUCUGAGAACAUCCUGAAAAAUCAAACUAAUAGAUGCUCAAUCUCCCUACAUGAUACAGCAUCCUAUCUAAGGGAAAAGUUUUCUUGCUGUCUCUCAUCUCCUAUGGUUCGCAGAUGGUGUACAUUUGAGUGGUUCUACAGUGCAAUUGACUACCCUUGGUUUGCGAAAAGGGAGUUCGUGGAGUACUUAAAUCAUGUUGGACUUGGGCACAUUCCAAGAUUAACUCGUGUUGAAUGGGGUGUCAUAAGAAGUUCCCUAGGCAAACCUCGAAGAUUCUCUGAACAUUUUUUACAUGAAGAAAGGGAGAAACUGAAGCAGUAUAGGGAUUCUGUGAGAACACAUUAUACUGAACUUCGUACUGGUGCCAUGGAUGGACUUCCAACAGAUUUAGCAAAACCUUUAUCAGUUGGCCAACGAGUAAUAGCUGUGCAUCCCAAAACAAGAGAACUUCAUGAUGGAAGUGUGCUCACAAUUGAUCAUGACAGGUGCAGAGUUCAAUUUGACUGUCCUGAAAUGGGAGUGGAAUUUGUCAAGGAUAUAGACUGCAUGCCUUUAAAUCCAUUUGAUAACAUGCCAGAAGCUCUUAGGAGACAUGGAUUCUCUGUUAUGUCCAAGGAACUGCAAGUGAACGGGCAUUCACAUAUUGGAGGGUUUACUUCAACAAGGCAUUUAGACAACUCAGAGAUUCCCAUGAAUACACUGGUAAAGCGUGCACAGGUCAAAAUAAUUGUUUCAAAUGUGGAUGCAAACGUACAAAGAAAGGCAGCUUCAGUUGAUGUUGUUAAUGCACAACAAAUAGCCAGUCAACCUUCUGUGGUGGCACGACUUCAAGUGAAGGAAGUUGAUAUACAAGCUCCUUCUGAUUUGAAUCAUGCUUUUGAUAAGAAGGCCUCUUCUGCUUUAGUCAAUUUGAGGCAACACAAUGCAUACCCAGGGAAUACCCUGCCUCCUUGGCUGAAGCCCACUGUCAAUUCCAGUUUCCUGGCUGGCCUGCCAAGUUCUCAUGAUAGUUUUGUUUCUCAAGAAUCAGGAUCUACUGUCAUUGAAAUUGUAAGAGGUUCCAGGGACAAGGCACACACAAUGAUAGAUGCUGCUGUUCAGGCGAUUUCAUCCAUGAAAGAAGGGGAGGAUGCUUUUGUGAAGAUUGGGGAGGCUUUAGAUUCUAUUGAUAGAAGACAAUUAGCAUCAGAAUCUAAGGCACAAGAAAUCAGGUCUCUGGAGCACGUCAAUGGCAUUUUAAGCCAUCAUAAUCAGUUGAUUUCCAGCACACUGGAGCCCCAAGUUAAUAACAAUGCGUCUGGGCCUAAAUCACACAAUAAUACCGACAAAAUUGAAGCAGCAAUCCCUUCAGAGCUGAUAAAAUCAUGUGUUGCUACUUUGCUCAUGAUACAGACGUGUACCGAACGACAAUAUCCUCCAGCUGAUGUGGCUCAAAUAAUUGAUUCUGCUGUUACCAGCUUGCAUCCAUGUUGCCCUCAAAAUCUGCCAAUAUAUAGAGAGAUACAAAUGUGCAUGGGAAGAAUCAAGACCCAAAUAUUAGCUCUUAUACCAACAUAAAGCCAAUGCCUUUGCUUUCUCUGCUAUCAGCAUUUGUAUAUAUGAAAUGAUGCUGAAGUCCUAUUGGUUCCCAGCUCCAUACGCCUUCAUCCUUUCCUUUUUUCCCCUCUAAAAUCCCAUAAUUUUUUUCCUAAUUGAAAUGGGAAUCACCCAAUUAUAUUCCGUCAUUAUAACUUCAUCCCAGCAUCUUCCUCUUCAAUUGAGUAAAAUUUUGACCAAGUGAUGUUGUCGUGGCCAGAUCAUACAUACUGUUUUAUUAGCUUCCAAUUUGAUAAAAUUGUCCUUAAUGCUCUAAUGCUACUUUUUA